UCGAGUGCAAAAAGGGUCUGAUCUUCAGAAAUUUUUUUUUUUUUAUUGCCUGUAUUGCAUGUCUAAUGAGUAAUUAUAAACUAUUUUUAUAAUAUAUAUGUUCACAAUAUAUUACAUCAGCUCUAUAUAAACUAUUGAAUGCGCCCGUUACUUGCAAUAUGAUUCUUCUUGUGAAUUAGAUUCUAAUACUGGAACUCUUAAUUUCAGUGCAUGAUGUACAGUAAAACAAGAACAAAAAGAAAAAGUAAAAUCUCAUAGUAAUGAGUUAAAUCCGAAUAGUUAAAAGUAAAAUCUCAGAGUAACGAGUUAAACCCGAAUAGUUAAGAACUUAAUCCUAAUUUUUAUUUUUAAACAUUUAUUUUAAAUCUAUUGAACCAUCGGUAGAAUGGAUGAAGUUCAUCCAACCCUUACAAGCAUUGUCUAUGACCAAGGGAGGAAGGAGAAAAACAAAGACAACCCAACAAAAAAAAAAAAAGGUUUGCUAAGGAAAAUUCAGAUAGGAAUUCUUUUAGGAUAAAUUAUUAGGUGCCAAAUUCAUAUUACAACUCUCGUGUCUACAAUCUAUAUAUAUAAGUAGUUAAGUGGCCAAUUUAAUUAGUUGUCCUCCAACCAUUCUCUCAUUUUCAGUGUUGAUAGGAAAAUAUAUAAAGUAAAAAAAAUGGAAAAGAAAGCAGUAGCAGAAGAAGGCCAAGAGCAAGAGCAUGAUGGCCUCCAAAUCCCUCUUCUCACUCCAUACAAAUUGGGAAACUUCCAACUUUCCCAUAGAAUUGUCUUGGCACCGUUGGGAAGGUUGAGAUCUUUUGGACAUGUUCCUCAGCCACAUGCUAUCUUGUACUACUCCCAGAGAACCACCAAAGGGGGACUUCUCAUAGCAGAAGCCACUGUAGUUUCUACCGCAAGCAAAGGGUUCCCAAAUGUACCUGGUAUAUGGACAAAGGAGCAAGUAGAAGCCUGGAAACCCAUAGUAGAUGCUGUUCAUGCCAAAGGUGGUAUCUUCUUUUGUCAGCUUGGGCAUGUGGGGAGGGCUGCAAAGCAAGAAUUAACUUUUUGCAUUUUUUUAUAUGGGCAAGGUACUAUAUCUUGUACGGACAAGCCAGUGGCACAAUUUUCACCUCCACGACGCCUGACUACAGAUGAAAUUCCCCAAGUUGUCAAUGAUUUUAAACUUGCUGCAAGGAACGCUAUGGAAGCUGGUUUCGACGGAGUUGAGAUCCAUGGGGCUCAUGGUUUCCUAAUAGACCAGUUUAUGAAAGACCAAGUGAAUGACCGCACAGACAAGUAUGGAGGCUCUCUGGAGAAUCGUUGCAGAUUCGCUCUAGAAAUACUUGAAGCUAUCACUAAUGAGAUAGGAGCAAAUAGGGUGGGAUUAAGGCUUUCUCCCUUUGCAAAUUACAUGGAAUCAGGAGACUCAAACCCGGAGGCUCUCGCCCUCUAUAUGGCUGAAUCAUUGAAUAAAUAUGGUAUUCUCUACUGUCACAUGGUUGAGCCUAGGAUGAAAACUAAAGGAGAAAAAGUUGAAUGCCCCCAUAGUCUUCUGCCCAUGAGAAAGGCUUUCAAUGGUACUUUCAUUGUUGCCGGGGGUUAUGACAGGAAAGAUGGUAUCAAAGCUUUGGCUGAGAACCGCACAGAUCUUAUUGCUUAUGGCCGUUUAUUCUUGGCCAAUCCAGAUUUGCCAAAGAGAUUCAAGCUUGAUGCGCCUCUCAACAAGUACAACAGAGACACAUUCUAUACACCAGAUCCUGUUAUUGGCUACACUGAUUAUCCAUUUCUUGAAACAACUGCUUAAAUUUUCUAUGGAGGUGAAUGUGAACA